CACGUUUUCAACCGUUGUAGAGCCCUAGUGGUGAUUUGGCAAGAAGCGUGCUGCGUGCACCACAACUUAGGCUUAAAAAAGUAAGAGUAUUGAAGUAUUCGCACAAAAUGGAAAAUGCCUGAUUCAAACGCAUGAAGAAGCAGCAAGGUGUCUAGAAAUCCAUCGCUGUCCAGAUGUCUUCUCCAACUGCAAUGGCGAAUCCAUCGUUGUCAUCUCCUGCAACAGUUUACCAUCAUCACUCUCUCAAUCGACGCCAUUUUUUUCCUUUUCCUUCUCAAUCUAUCUCCAUUUCAUCCAACAAUUUCAGAUUGGUCUCUCUUUGCUGCCAGACUCCCGAUAUUGCUGCCUUGUCUGAUUCCUCUUCUUCUUCUUCUCCAUCUCCUUCUUCCGCCAUUGAUUUUCUUACCUUAUGUCAUCGCCUCAAGACUACGAAAAGGAAGGGAUGGAUUAAUCAUGAUAUAAAAGGCCCCGAAUCUAUUGCUGAUCAUAUGUACCGAAUGGCUUUGAUGGGUUUGAUUGCAAGUGACCUUGAUGGUGUCAACAGGGAGAGAUGUAUCAAGAUGGCGAUUGUUCAUGAUAUUGCUGAAGCUAUUGUUGGAGAUAUAACACCGUCUGAUGGCAUACCGAAAGCAGAAAAGAGCAGAAGAGAGCAGGCAGCAUUGAAUGAAAUGUGUGAAGUCCUUGGUGAUGGAAUGAGAGCUGAUGAGAUCAAAGAACUGUGGUUUGAAUAUGAAAAUAAUUCUUCUUUGGAAGCUAAUCUGGUGAAGGAUUUUGAUAAAGUUGAAAUGAUUCUUCAAGCAUUAGAGUACGAAAGUGAGCACGGGAUGGUUCUUGAUGAAUUUUUCUUGUCUACAGCUGGGAAGUUUCAGACUGAACUAGGAAAAAGCUGGGCUGCUGAGGUUAUAUCUAGAAGGAAGUCUACAUUAGCAGAUAAAGGAAACUGAGCACUGAACUAUCAGAAUAUUUUCUGAUCUUUUCUAACGGGGCUAAUGUCAUCUCGACCUGGACUAGUUUUCUGGUGCUCGGUUUAUACACAAAGGGAGAUGAUUUCCUCCAUGGUUUUAAAUUUUGUAUUUCUGGAAAGCUGAUAAGUUAAACAAGGUAUUUGUGAUGCUCUUUAUUCAAAUUGAAAUAAUUAGAAUUGGUUCUAUCUUUUUCUCCAGAUAUCAAAAAUUGUACGGACACACACAUUUCAUAAGAGCCUCACAUAAUGGUAAUAGAUUGCAGCUUAUUAUAUUC